AUGUCCAAAACACUUCCUAAAUUGAAGAGAUUCCCCCUUUGGCAGAAGAAGUCAGUGAAUAAAAAAGGAAUCAGUUCAGCUGGCCCACUAGGCACGGAAUUUGUCACCGUCUUUAUGCAGAACUAUCAGGUAUCUUACAGCAAAGGUGAUUUCAGGCUCUUCAUCACUGGGUACAAUCCCUCCACAACUGUAACAAUAUGGAUAAACAAGUCCAGUUUCAAAACAGUCAUGACAGUGAAUGAGAGGUCAACCCUCAUGGUCCAGAUUCCUAACAAUGCAGAGUUACCUGGUACUUCUAAGUCAUGCAAUGUGGUUUGCAUCAAAGCUGAUAAACCUGUCUCAGUUAUGUCUCUCAAUUCCAAGUUGCAAAGUGCUGAUACUAGCAUUGUGUAUCCCAUUGAAGAUCUUGGUAUGGACUACUAUAUAGUGACACCUUUAGAUGGCCCUUCUGAUUCAUUUAAAGAGUUCUCUGUGGUGAGUUAUGAAGAACCUACCAAUGUUGAAAUCUUCUUGACUGGAUCAGUUUCUUACCAAGAGAAGACCUAUGCAGCUGGUAGCAAGCUCACUGUCCCCCUAGAUCCAUACAAUGCCCUUCAGCUUCUCAGUAGAGAUGACUUGUCUGGUACUCGUGUGGUAUCUCAAAAACCUGUGGCAGUACUGAGUGGUCACACAUGUACAAGGAAAAACACAAUGUGCAAUCAUGUAUAUGAGCAGCUCAGACCGGUCCCCAGCUGGGGUACCAGUUUUAUCAUACCACCAAUAUCUGUGCAGUUAAAAUCUGAUGUCAUAUUUGUGGUGGCUGCUGAGAAAACAAAAAUUGAAUAUCAAGUUGAAACCAGGAAAUCAAGCCAGAACUUAAAUGCAGGUCAAGUAAUUCAGCUGGACAUCCUUGUCAAAACCCCUCUUUAUCUCACUGCCAAUGCUGGAAUCCAAGUCAUCUACUACUGUACUGGUUGGCAAGACAGAAGUAGGACAUCAUAUGACCCUCUUCUCAUGACCAUUCCUCCAGUGAGCAGUUACUGUUCCUCUUACUACAUCUAUGGUCAGCAAGAUUUUGAAAACUACGGCUCCCUAGUAGCAAGGACCAAAGACGUCAAAAGUGUCACCUAUAAUAAAAAUCCAACUGCAGACCUGACAUGGAGUGCAAUACCAGGUACAGAUUACUCCUGGGCCACUAAGAGUUUAGGUAAAGGAUUUAGUUUUCAACUUCUGGAAAAUCCAUCUUCACCCUUCCUGUUGUUGUCCUAUGGAUUUGCAUACAUGAACGCCUACGGAUCCCCAGCCAUAUGCACUAAUGUCAAUUCAGGUCCAUCUUGUAGCACCAUUAAAUGCAGAGCUAAAGAGAAGUGUCAGAUGUCCAAUGGAAAGCCGAUAUGCGUUCCUGACUCGGAAGCCUACUGUCAUGCAGUUGGUGACCCCCACUACCGCACGUUUGAUGGUCGCUUUUACGACUUCCAAGGAACUUGCACUUACACAAUUGCCAAGACCUCUGGCAGUGAUAGCAGCCUCCCAGCUUUUAACAUUGAAGCUAAGAAUGAAAAUCGGGGAAAUACUCGUGUGGCUUAUGUCAGCUAUGUUUCCAUGCAAGUCUAUGAUUAUUCUAUAUCUCUUGUUAGAUAUGAGCAUGGAUUUGUGAGGGUGAACAACCAACAACAACGUCUUCCUAUUAGUCUGAAUGAUGGCCAGGUCCGCUUGUAUCAAUCUGGUGGCUUUGUCAACAUUGAAACUGACUUUAGCUUAAAGGUAUACUAUGACUGGAACUCAGUCCUAAAAAUAUCCAUAUCCAGUAGCUUUUUCGGAAGUGUUUAUGGAUUGUGUGGAAACUAUAAUGGAAACCCUUCCGAUGACCAAAUGACACCAGAUGGUACCCAAGUGCCUAAUUUAGUUGACUUUGGCAAAAGUUGGAAGGUCGAAGAUGGAGACAGGUUCUGCUGGCACAACUGUAAUGGGGAAUGCAAGACAUGCCCUCUUGAAACUCAAAAAGCAUACUCAAGUGAACAAAGCUGUGGCUUGAUCUCAAAGGUCUUAGAUGGUCCAUUCCGCCAGUGUCACUCUGUCAUAGAUCCCAAACCAUACCUGGAUAACUGUGUAUAUGAUCUAUGCAUGAAUGGAGGCUCCAAGCAGAUUCUGUGCCAGAGCUUAAAAACGUAUGCCGAUGUCUGCCAAAGAAACAAGGUCUCAAUUGGAGAAUGGCGUCAACUUUCUGGAUGUCCAAUGCAAUGUCCCGAGAACAGCGAGUACAAGCUAUGUGCACAAGCAUGCCCUGCCACUUGCAAUGAUGAUGCAAUACCUUCCAUAUGCUCGGAUUCAUGUGUAGAGUCAUGUCAAUGUAAGGCUGGCUAUGUCCUUGAUGAAGGAAAAUGUAUACUAAAGACUGGAUGUGGAUGUGUCUACCAAGGCAAAUUAUACGCUCCAAAUGAAAAGUUUUGGGAUGAUAAUAAGUGUCAGAAGCAGUGCAUUUGUAAUCCUUCAACCAGGAAAGUUGAAUGCAAGGCCACCAAGUGUAAGCCUUCAGAGCAAUGUUCUGUUGUAAAUGGAAUCCAGAAUUGUUACCCUGUAUCAUAUGGCACUUGCUCAGCAUCAGGAGAUCCUCACUACAUCACCUUUGAUGGUGUGAAAUAUGACUUCCAGGGGACAUGCAUCUACCAGUUUGCAGGACUUUGCAAGAAGUCAGAUGAUCUGGUGGACUUCCAGGUUAAUGUAAUAAAUGAAAAUAGAGGCAGAAAAGUUGUUUCCUAUACCUCAGCCGUCCAAAUUAAGAUCUCUACGUUUGAUAUAGUCAUCGACAACAACUUAAUGGAGUCCUAA